AUGGCUGCCAUGUCGCCAUCGAGCUCGCCGCGGCUACCCAGCCCGCCGCCCAUCGCCGAAGACCAGCUGGGACCCAAGUCGCCCAUCGCUGAGGAGCACUCCGAGGAAGCGAAGGUUGACCAAGGCUCCGCGAGGAGAAUCCGCCCGGGCACCAAGGCCCAAGACAUGGCUGAGGGCCCGCCGUUGGCCGAUCUCAAGGACAUCGAGUCAGCCUUCCAGCUCAUGGAAUAUCUCAAAGCCCUCCACUACUCGGCCACGCAUCCCUCCGACUCGAACACGUCAAGCCCCCUCGACCGCACAGCUGCCAUGAAGCUUGCCGAGCCGCCGCCUGGCGUCGAGCGCGCACUCUGGCUCUACGAGCUGUGCCGCUUCCUGACCGAGCAUGCAAACUCCAUCCUCAUCGCCCUCUUCGCCGACGACCCUCCCUGCUCCGCUCAGACUUGUCCCGAGAUGCGCGCCUCAGAAUGGCAAUACCUCUGCGCCGUCCAUGACCCGCCCAAGUCGUGCUGUGCCAUCGAUUACUGCUGCCAUACGCUUGACUGGGCUGCCAACACGUUGACCUCGCCCAAGAACUUCCCCAGUCGCCUAGCCCUCGGCACUGAGGCAAACACCGCGCACCAGCAAAUCCGCCAGCUUACCAACGUCUUCCGUCGCGUCUAUCGCAUCUUCGCCCACGCUUGGUUUCAACACAGAGAUAUGUUCUGGAAGGUGGAGAACAAGACGGGCCUCUACUCGUUCUUCAAGGUCGUGUGCGACACCUACAAUCUAAUCCCGAGCGACAACUAUACCAUUCCGCCAGAGGCUGAAGGCAUCGAGUCAACACCAACUGAGUCGGCGCAGACGGUGCCCAAAAUACUGAAGAAGGAAGAGAAGGGCGAGGGCAAUGCUGGAGAGCUUGAUGUGGCCGGAAAUGCCACGCUGGUUACUGGUAACACUACCAAGAGACACCGGCAUACGCCGUCAGCAAGCGGGCACCAGAUUAGUGUGAUUGAGGAGAAGGAGGAAGAAGACGCAUCCUCAGCAAAGGCCGCGGAGAAGGCUGCGCAGACUCCUGCUGAGGAGCUUGCCACGGAGCCGGAUACAUCUGAACAGCCUGCCAGUGCGGACGACAAGUCGUCGUCUGAAAAUACCGAGAGCUCUGAAGGCGCAAAUGAAGCUUCCAAAGAUGACGAGGCUCCGAUCGUUGAGGUCACUGAAGCCUCUCCAGAGAAGGAGGUAGAACCCCCACUCAAGGAAGCUGAGUCUGAGGAGACUGCGCCAGAGGUCAAAGAUGAAGAGAAGUCGGAGGUCAAAGAGGAAAGCCAAGACGAGCCCGAAUCGUCUAAGGAGGCGGAAACAACGGAAGAGGAGAGCGACAAGCCUGAUGCGACGACAGAAAAGCCCAGUGACGAGGACAGCAAGAAAACGGACGAAAAGGAGGAGUCUGAACAUGAGAAGGUUGCGGACGAGAAGACUGAGGCAGAGGCAAUAAAGCCUAAUGAAAGCCCAGCCGCGGAUGCAGAUGAGGCUACGAAGACAGUUGCCGAUUAA